CCUCUCUUACUGACUCUUGUUGUUCAGCACCUCUACGCAUUUGUGGCCGUAGUAUCUGAGCAAUUUUUUUAGAACCUUUUCAAAAGUUCACUUCACAACACCGUCACCAUGGGUAAGGAAGAGCGUUCUCACAUCAACAUCGUCGUUAUCGGCCACGUCGAUUCCGGCAAGUCCACCACUACCGGUCACUUGAUCUACAAGUGCGGUGGUAUCGACCAGCGUACCAUCGAGAAGUUCGAGAAGGAAGCCGCUGAGCUCGGUAAGGGUUCUUUCAAGUACGCUUGGGUUCUUGACAAGCUCAAGUCCGAGCGUGAGCGUGGUAUCACCAUCGAUAUCGCUCUCUGGAAGUUCCAGACUGCCAAGUAUGAGGUUACCGUCAUUGAUGCCCCCGGUCACCGUGACUUCAUCAAGAACAUGAUCACUGGUACCUCCCAGGCCGAUUGCGCUAUCCUCAUCAUUGCCUCCGGUACUGGUGAAUUCGAGGCUGGUAUCUCCAAGGAUGGCCAGACCCGUGAGCACGCUCUGCUCGCUUUCACCCUCGGUGUCCGUCAGCUCAUUGUUGCCCUCAACAAGAUGGACACCUGCAAGUGGUCCGAGGACCGUUACAACGAGAUCGUCAAGGAGACCUCCAACUUCAUCAAGAAGGUCGGCUACAACCCCAAGGCCGUUCCCUUCGUCCCCAUCUCCGGUUUCAACGGUGACAACAUGCUCGAGGUUUCCUCCAACUGCCCCUGGUACAAGGGUUGGGAGAAGGAGACCAAGGCUGGCAAGGCCACCGGUAAGACCCUUCUCGAGGCCAUCGACGCCAUUGAGCCUCCCGUCCGUCCCUCCAACAAGCCCCUCCGUCUUCCUCUCCAGGAUGUCUACAAGAUCUCCGGUAUUGGAACUGUGCCCGUUGGUCGUGUCGAGACUGGUGUCAUCACCCCUGGUAUGGUCGUGACCUUCGCUCCCGCCAACGUCACCACUGAAGUCAAGUCCGUUGAGAUGCACCACCAGCAGCUCAAGGAGGGUGUCCCCGGUGACAACGUUGGUUUCAACGUCAAGAACGUUUCCGUCAAGGAGGUUCGCCGUGGUAACGUUGCCGGUGACUCCAAGAACGACCCCCCUGCCGGUGCCGCCAGCUUCACUGCUCAGGUCAUCGUCCUCAACCACCCCGGUCAGGUCGGCGCUGGUUACGCUCCCGUCCUCGACUGCCACACCGCUCACAUUGCUUGCAAGUUCGCUGAGCUCCUUGAGAAGAUUGACCGCCGUACCGGUAAGGCCAUCGAGCAGAACCCCAAGUUCAUCAAGUCCGGUGAUGCCGCUAUCGUCAAGAUGAUCCCCUCCAAGCCCAUGUGUGUUGAGUCCUUCACUGAGUACCCUCCCCUUGGUCGUUUCGCCGUCCGUGACAUGCGCCAGACCGUUGCCGUCGGUGUCAUCAAGGCCGUCGACAAGUCCGCUGGUGGUGCCGGUAAGGUCACCAAGGCUGCCCAGAAGGCCGUUGAUCCUACAAAACUUGAAUCAUGA